UUCCUUAGUAGUGACAUGGAUAGUGAUUUGUUUUAUUCUUGUGCAGUUGUUAUGGAUACAAGCUAUGUUGUCAAGUUUAUUUAUUCUGGUGAAGCAGCAACAGUUCCAUUGUUGCAUAAUUGGUCGUUUGUUGACCUAUGCAAUUCCAUACGCUCUCGUUUUCCGGAUUUGAUUCAAGGCAAUUUCAUGUUGAGGGCAGAGGCACCGAAGAGUUAUAUGACGAAAGGUUGGGAGAGUUAUAUUCAUUCUGAAGGCCAAAAGUUUGAGGGUGGGGUUGUUGAGUUUAGGGAUAAGCUGCGUAAGUAUGCCAUAGAAAUUGGCUUUUCAUAUGAGUUUGUUAGAAAUGACAAGGUUCGUGUUAUUGCUCAGUGUUCUAAGAAACAUUCUCAAGGCUGCAAUUGGCUUGUGAAGGCUCAUUUAUGCAGGGCUAAUGGUUUCUUUAUGAUUAAAAGGUUGGUUAAUGUUCACACUUGUCAUGGUGUGAUUCGUUUGCAGAAGAGUAAGAUGAUGGGAUCCAAGGUUGUCAAGUCUAUUGUGCUUGAUAAGAUUCGUGCCAAUCCAAACAAAAAGCCAAUUGAUAUAGCUGAUGAGAUCAAGAGUGAUUAUGGUUUGGAUGUUGCUUAUCGUACAGUUUGGUAUGGUACGGAGUUGGCAAAAACAGCCCUACAUGGUGAUGAAGCUGAGUCUUAUGCUCAGCUACUUUGGUUCAGUGAGUCUGUUAUGAAGUCAAACUCCGACUCUAGGAUAGUGAGUCUUCCUAUUCUUGAUAUUAAUGAUGGCAUUAGAGUGAAGUCCAUGGCUUCAAUUGCUGCUCGGAAGCAGGAUGCUGAGGAAUGGUUCUCUGAGUUGUGCCCGGUGAUUGAAAAGAAGCUGAAGGAGAAUUUGGAAGUCGGAAGGCAUUGGAGAGUGAGCAGGUCUGAUACCUAUGUGUAUGAAGUUCACUGCCAGAAGUACAAUAGCAUGGUAAAUUUGGAAACUCGCUUUUGUUCGUGUGGAGAAUGGCAGCUGUAUGGCUUCCCAUGUUCCCAUGCCCUUGUAGUGAUCCAACAACAUGGUUCUUCCCCGUAUUUGUAUGUCAAUGAGCUGUACAAGGUGGAGAAAUAUCGAGAAACUUAUUCUUUCCCAAUUAAUCCUCUUCCCUCUAUUUCGAAGCAAGUGCAUGAUUUUGGUAGAGAUGCGGUGAUAUUGCAGCCGCCUUUGACUAGAAGACCACCGGGAAGGCCUAGAAAGAAGAGGUUCAGAAAAAGGAGCGAGAAAACCAGGGUGAUCAAGUGUGGUAGGUGUGGAAAAUGUGAUGGUCACAACAGAAAGAGUUGUACAGCUCCAAUAUAG